GCUCAAGAUCCGGCGACUUGAACAAAUCGACAUCGGAACAACCAAUCACUUCUGUAAUGCCGGUGCUUUGGAGCUGCGUGUGGCGCUCGUUUAUUUUUGGGGCUUCCUUGAGGCUGAUCAGCGAUGUCGUUCAAUUUGCCAAUCCGAAAAUUCUGGGCCUCAUCAUCUCCUUCGCAGCAUCCGAUGAGCCCCUAUGGAAAGGCAUUCUCUAUGCUUUUACUAUGUUCUUGGUGGCCGCUUUGAUGACGUUCACCAACACGGCUCAAUUCGGUCGUUUCUUCGUCCUGGGGCAGCACGUCAAAACCAUUUUGACUUCAGCCAUCUACCGAAAGGCUCUGCGGAUUUCCAAUUCGGCACGGAAAAACAAGACCGUCGGAGAAAUCGUUAAUUUAAUGUCCAACGAUGCCCAGAAGUUCCAGGAGUUGGUCAUGUUCGUCAAUAUGCUGUGGUCCGCUCCCAUCAGCAUCGUGCUAGCCAUUUACUUCCUCUAUCAGGAACUUGGGGUCGCUGUGUUUGCAGGGGUUGCUGUCAUGUUGAGCUUAAUUCCCCUGAACACCUACAUUGUAAAUCGUGCACGCACGCUCCAAGUGAAGCAAAUGAAAAACAAGGACGAAAGAGUGAAGAUGAUGAACGAAAUUCUAAGCGGCAUGAAAGUGCUGAAGCUCUACGCAUGGGAGGAGAGCUUUGAGCAACAAAUCAGAAACAUCCGAAACAAGGAAGUGAACACUUUGAAGAAGUCGGCUUACCUCAAUGCCUGCAGUCAGUUCAUAUGGAAUUGUGCCCCAUUCAUGGUGUCGUGUUUGACCUUUGCCACGUAUGUGCUAAUCGACGAAAAAAACGUGCUUACUCCUUCCAAGGCCUUCGUCUCUUUGGCCUUGCUGAAUCUACUAAGGAUGCCCAUGUCAAUGCUACCAAACGUAAUAAACCAACUCGUCCAAACAUGGGUGUCCGUUAACAGGAUCAACUCCUUCUUGAAUGCUCAGGAUCUAGAACCUUACGUAACCCACCACGAGUCUAGCGUCGGUCCCAUUACAGUGGAGAAUGGUACCUUCACUUGGGGCGAAGAGCCGACCCUGAGGAACAUCAAUAUGAAAGUAGCCAAGAACAGUCUCACUGCAGUAGUGGGUGCAGUGGGGGCAGGCAAGAGCAGUCUAAUCAGCGCCCUCUUAGGCGAAAUGGACAAGAUAUCGGGCAGUGUUAACAGUUGGGGCUCUAUGGCGUAUGUACCGCAACAAGCCUGGAUCCAAAAUGCAACCGUUCGAGACAAUAUUACAUUCGGAAAACCUUUCGACAAAAUAAAAUACGACAAGGUAAUCGAGGCAUGUGCACUUAAGCCCGACUUUAAAAUGCUGGAUUAUGGAGACCAAACGGAAAUUGGCGAAAAGGGCAUCAAUUUGUCCGGAGGACAAAAGCAAAGAAUUAGCUUAGCCAGAGCUGUUUAUGCGGACGCGGACGUUUAUCUUCUAGACGACCCUCUAAGCGCGGUGGACUCACAUGUAGGAAAGCACAUCUUCGAUCAGUUAAUUGGCCCUAACGGCCUGUUGAAAGACAAAACUAGACUGUUAGUCACGCAUGGAAUCACGUACUUGCCCCAGACGGACAACAUGUAUGUGCUAAAGGACGGGGAAGUAUCCGAGACGGGUACCUACCAAGAACUCCUGGAAAAAAAGGGGGCGUUUGCUGAAUUUAUCACUCAACACAUAACCGAAGAAAUCGAAGAUGAAGACGAACUGGAUGAACUUCAGGAACAGCUGGCCAACACUCCAAUUGCCAAGGAAAUCACCAGGACAAUCUCAAGACAAAGAUCGCGACUGUCUGAAUCUGGUUCAAUAGGCUCUCAAAACGGGCUAGACAGAACAGAGUCUAGAGAGAGUUUGAGGAGCAACGGUAUGAAGAGGAAACCCAGCAUGUCUAUACGGAAAAUGAGCGUUGGCCGAAGCAGUAACAAAGGCAAAGAACCUGGUGAAGAACCACCUAGCAAGGGCAAACUGACCACAGUAGAGAAAGAGGAAAAAGGCAACGUAAAAUGGGACGUUUAUUGGUACUACCUUGGAGCCAUUGGGAUUGCCUUCAUCGUGGGAACAAUUCUCUUCAGCAUCGGAUUUCAAGUGUUUGGCAUCGCAACAAACGUGUGGCUUGGAAUGUGGUCCGAAGACCCUAACAUGGUCGUAGAUGGAAAAGUGGACGCUGCCUUAAGAGAUAUGUAUUUGGGCGUUUAUGGAGCAUUGGGAAUUGGACAAGCUCUCUCAAUUCUCUCUUCGUCAUUAAUUUUUACAAAAGGUACAAUGUUUGCCGCAACUAAACUCCACAAUUUUAUGCUGAAAAACGUGCUGCGCCUUCCGAUGGCCUUCUUCGAUACCACCCCAUCCGGACGUAUCCUCAGCAGGUUUUCUAAUGACAUCAUCGGUAUAGACUUGAGAUUACCAAUGACGUUUACCGUAUUUUUCCAAAAUACCUUUCGGGUGAUUGGAACUAUGCUGGUAAUCUGCUUCACCACGCCACUGUUCACAGCCGUGAUAAUUCCCCUUUUAGCCAUAUACAUUUUCAUUCAAAGAUAUUAUGUGGCCACCUCACGCCAACUCAGGCGAAUCGAGUCGGUCUCGAAGUCGCCCAUUUACUCACAUUUUGGAGAAACCGUCACCGGAACUCAUGUGAUCCGGGCAUAUGGACAAGUGGCCAGAUUCACCGAGAUUUCUGAGAAUAAGGUGGACUUGAAUCAGAAAACCAUGUACCCCUCAAAUUCAUCCAGUCUAUGGCUGACUGUGCGUCUGGAAACGAUUGGAAACUUGAUUAUUUUGUUCGCAGCUUUAUUUGCAGUGCUGGGAAAAGAUUUGAACCCUGCCCUCGUAGGGCUCUCCGUCAGUUAUUCGAUGAAUAUUACUAACACGUUAAACUUCUUGGUUCGCAUGAUUUCUGAUGUAGAAACCACAAUCGUUUCGGUGGAACGUAUCAAAGAGUAUGGAGAAAUGGAAACAGAAGCUGACUGGGAUAUUCCCAACAAAAAGCCGGCAGAAACCUGGCCUGAAAAUGGUCAGCUAGAUUUUAAAAACUUUAGCGUUAAAUACAGGGCUGGCCUAGAUCUGGUCCUUAAAGGAAUCAGCUUUCAUAUUAAGGGAGGUGAAAAAGUCGGGAUCGUAGGCAGAACUGGAGCCGGCAAGUCCAGCUUGACCCUAGGCUUGUUUAGGAUAAUUGAAGCUGCGCAUGGACAAAUCCUGAUUGACAACAAAGAUAUAGCCGAUAUCGGUCUUCACGAUUUACGAUCCCGAUUAACAAUCAUUCCUCAAGACGCGGUUUUGUUCUCGGGAUCGCUUAGGAUGAACCUUGAUCCAUUCGACAAAUAUUCCGAUAAGGACGUGUGGAAUUCCUUGGAAUUGGCCCACUUGAAGGAAUUCACCAAAGGAUUAAGUGGAGGUUUAAGUCAUAUCGUCUCAGAAGGCGGAGAUAAUAUGUCAGUUGGUCAAAGGCAACUAGUUUGUUUAGCACGCGCUUUGCUAAGAAAGACUAAGAUACUCAUUCUGGACGAAGCCACCGCCGCAAUCGACUUGGAAACCGAUGAUCUCAUUCAGAAAACCAUUCGAACGGCUUUUGCAGACUGUACAGUGCUUACUAUUGCUCACAGAUUAAACACGAUUAUCGAUUCGGAUAGAGUGUUGGUUUUAGAUCAGGGAAAAAUAGCAGAAUUCAACACACCCAAAGUUCUGUUAGAUGAUAAAACGUCGAUAUUCUAUGGUAUGUGUAAGGACGCGGGUAUUGUUUAAAAAUUACAUUAAGAGGAACACUUCUGUACAUAUAGACGUAGGUUACAUAUAUAAUACUUAUUGCGUACUUGUUAGGGCUUCGGUAUUUAUUGCGAUUGUAUGAAAAACCGGGUGUGGCUGUUCUACUUAAAUGAUUAUUAAACUUUUAUAUAAAAUCGUAGCGCCUAUAAUUUAAUCGCUAGACUUUCUAAAUGAUCAACUUGAAUGUACUUAGUGUUUUGGAGAUUUAAAUUAAGUAAAUACUUACGCUACAACA